AUGAGCGGCGAGCCCAACGUCAACACCGGAGGAGGGAACCAUGACACGACAGAAGCCGUCCCGCACCGACACUACGAGGCAACACAGAGCUUCAUAUCAGAGGUACAGACGGGACAGACCCGACGCCGCAAACAGUCUCGUGGUUUCUUCUCGUCGGCCAAGGCCAAGCUUGGGCUUGGGAACCAUGGUGACGACAACCAAGUCCGGAUCGCCGACGCGACGGAUGACUUGCGGCGCAACGUCUUGAUCAUAUGUGAUUGGAAGUGGGCCAAAGCGCGGCGUUAUGGACGGUCACACAUCGGAGAGCAGCUCCAGGCCGUGAGAUUCAUGGAGGUGCUGCUCAAAAAUGCCAAGCUUCUCUGCAGGGGCUUCGAGGGGAGGGAUGGUCUCACGCAGGCUCAGGUUGAUGAAUAUUGGAAGCGGGCCGGUCGGCUCAUAUGCCAGGAGCUGGGUGACUUUGAAGGGGCCAGAAAUAUUCAGGAUAUGAACUAA